AUGAGGGUAUGGAAAAGGGCCACGGGAGCAAUCAAGGACAAGAACAGCAUUUUCGUUGCUAAGUUCUCAAGAAAUGGUCCAUGUCGUAACCCUGAUUUGGAUACUGUUAUCAUCAAAGCAACGAGCCAUGAUGAAUACCGUAUUGAUAUCAAGAACGUGCAGAGAGUGUUCCAAUGGCUAAGAACCUCACCCUUAUACCUGAAACCUCUUGUGUGGACUCUUUCCAUGCGCAUGCAAAAGACUCGUAGCUGGGUUGUUGCCCUUAAAGGCUUGAUGCUCAUGCAUGGCGUUUUCUGCUCUGACCUCCCUGCUGUUCAAGGCAAGGGAAGGUUGCCAUUUGAUCUUUCAAACUUCACCGAUGGCCAUUUGAACCCUGCAAAGGCUUGGCCUUUCAAUGCUUUCGUUCGUGCUUAUUUUGCUUAUUUGGACCAGAGGUCUUCGUUUGUUGCAUCCGAGGUUAAUAAGCAGAAGAAAAACAACAACAACAAGGAGGUUGAGGUUGAGGAGACAUUGAUGGAAGAGCUUCAGAAGUUGCAAAAGUUGCAGGCUUUGAUUGACAUGCUUCUUCAGAUUAAGCCACGCAACUUGUACAUGAAUUCUGGUCUUAUUCUUGAAGCUAUGGAUUGUGUUAUAGUUGAGGUUUAUGAUGUGUAUAGUAAGUUUUGCAAUAAGAUGGCAAGGGUGUUGUUGAGGAUAUAUGAUAUGGGUGGGAAGGUUGAAGCGCGUGUUGGCCUUAAGGUUCUGCAGAAAGCAUCGGAACAAGGGGAUGAACUCUCUUCUUACUUUGAGUUUUGUAGGGAUAUUGGUGUCCUUAAUGCCUCUCAGUGCCCCAAGAUUGAAAGAAUCUCUGAAGAAGACAUUAAAGAUCUUGAGAGGAUAAUCAAUGGUGCCUCUGCUAAGAAAAGCUUGGAGGGUAAUGAUGGUAGUGUUGUUUCAAAUGAGGAUAAGGCCAUUGUGGUAAGAGAUUGCUCUGCCACUUCAACCAUUUCGCAGCAGAAGGAAUCAGAGAAUGGUUUGAUGACUGUGAUCACUCACCAAUGGGAGGUAUUUGAUGAUGAUCUAACGGUUGAUGUUAAAGGAAACAAUUUACUCUCCGAUGGUACAAUGGUUGUUUUUGGCACAACAACAAACCCUUUUGAGGAAUCAUAUAGCCUUGUACCUUAUCAACCUGUUCACAAUCAAGUUCAAGAUCUUCCUGAUCUAAUUAGUUUGUAG